AUGCACCUGGCUCUACGGCGUCUGAAGCCCCCCCUCCGCCCGCGUGAGGCCCGGCGCCCUUGCUCUCGACCGCCGGGCAGAGAGCGCGAGAGCGAGCGGCGUCCGGCUCCCUCCCUCCUGCGGGAUCCAGCCGAGGUGAGCGAACGGCCGGCAAUGGCUGAGAAAUAUUUUGAUCUCCCUGAAUCCAGAGCUUUACCGCAUUAUCCCACAUCGCCUCAGUCCUUCGCCCGAUCUUCAUCCUGCUCUAAAGGGGAUGGCGUGACACUCAAGCCAAGGAACCUAGAGAAAGUCUUCGACCGUGUGCCAAGGGAAGUCAUGUAUCAGUGUCUACGGAAAAAAGGAACACCGGUGAAGCUGGUAAGGCUAGUAGAAGCAACAUACAGGAAUGCUACUAUCAAGGUUGUGACACAACAAGGAGACACUGAUGAAUUUGAAAUUACAGUUGGAGUCCAUCAAGGUUCGGCACCAAGCCCAGUCUUGUUCAUCAACAUCAUGGAUACCUUGCUAGAAGAUGUGAAAACCGACAUACAUUGGGAACUAUUAUUCACGGAUGACAUUGCAUUAAUCUCUAAUACAGAAGAACUACAGCAAAAUAUAAAAAAAUGGCAGAGUAAACUACAAGACGGAACAGAUUCCUUCAAAAAUCUUGGAACGGAAAUAGCUAAAAAUGGGAGAUCAGCCGAAGCCAUAAAACAAAGAGUCAAGUCGGGAUGGAAUAAAUGGAGGGAAGUCACUGGUGUCAUCUGUGACAAGAAAAUUCUAAGGAAACUAAAAUGCAAAAUUUAUAAAGCUGCAAUUAGACCAGUGCUUAUUUACGGAGCAGAGUGUUGGACUGUCACCAAAAAAGAGGAAGCUCUACCAAGACAAACCGAAAUGAGAAUGCUGAAACAUAUCCUCCAGGUCUCGUUAAAAGAUCAAAUCAGGAAGGAGGUAAUUCGCAGCAGAUGUGGUAUCACAGAUAUAGUAGAGAAAGUCCAAGAGGCUAGAAUAAGGUUGUUCGGUCAUGUGUUGAGGAGAGAGGAUGAAGACCCCUGCAGGAUGGCUUGGAACCUUAGUGUGGAAGGUGACAGAGGUAGAGGGAGACCACGUCAGAGAUGGAGCGAUAACAUCAAGAAGGACCUCGAGGAAAAAGGAUUGUCCGAAGGAGAUGCGGUGGACAGGGUUAGGUGGUUAGGUGGUGCAACCAAAGCAGCUGACCCAAGGACAGUCUGGGACUAA